AAUGUUUGCAGUGUCUAUAUUGACAAAAGGCCAAAGGCUUGCUGAGCCAGCUAACUGGCUUUUUACAAUGGCUUGUCAAGAUUGCAGAUGCCGCCUGCGGGGACAACAAUCUUAUUUGAGCCCCGAGGCUCGCGAAGAUAGCUGGCGCCCCAGGCUCAGUCCUCAGGAAGCCAUGGCGAAGUCCCGGGGCCGUCUGUACCUUUGGAUGUGCUUGGCUGCUGCGCUGGCAUCUUUCCUGGUGGGAUUUAUAGUGGGCUGGUUUAUUAAGCCUCUCAAAGAAACAGCCACUUCUGUGCGCGAUCAUCAAAGUAUACGGUGGGAACUGGUAUCCGAAAUGAAAGCUGAAAAUAUCAAAUCAUUUCUUCGUUCUUUUACAAAGCUUCCUCAUCUGGCAGGAACGGAAGAAAAUUUCUUGCUUGCCAAGAAAAUCCAAACCCAGUGGAAGAAAUUUGGACUAGAUUCAGCCAAGUUGGUUCAUUAUGAUGUCCUCUUAUCUUACCCCAAUGAGACAAAUGCCAACUAUAUAUCGACUGUGAAUGAACAUGGUGUUGAGAUUUUCAAAACUUCAUACCUUGAACCACCACCAUAUGGAUAUGAGAAUGUUACAAAUAUUGUGCCACCAUAUAAUGCUUUCUCAGCCCAGGGCAUGCCAGAGGGAGAUCUUGUAUAUGUGAACUAUGCUCGCACUGAAGACUUCUUCAAACUAGAAAGAGAGAUGAGCAUCAACUGUACUGGGAAGAUUGUUAUUGCCAGAUAUGGAAAAAUCUUCAGAGGAAAUAAAGUUAAAAAUGCCAUGUUAGCAGGAGCCAUAGGAAUCAUCUUGUACUCAGAUCCAGCUGACUAUUUUGCUCCUGAGGUACAGCCGUAUCCCAAAGGAUGGAAUCUUCCUGGAGCUGCAGCCCAGAGAGGAAAUGUGUUAAAUUUGAAUGGUGCUGGUGACCCACUGACUCCAGGCUAUCCAGCAAAAGAAUACACUUUCAGACUUGAUGUUGAAGAAGGAGUGGGAAUCCCCAAAAUACCUGUACAUCCCAUUGGAUAUAAUGAUGCAGAAAUAUUAUUACGCCACUUGGGAGGAAUUGCUCCACCAGAUGAGAGCUGGAAGGGAGCGCUUAAUGUGAGUUACAGUAUUGGACCUGGCUUUACAGGGAGUCAUUCUUUCAGGAAGGUUAGAAUGCAUGUUCAUAACAUCAAUAAAAUUACAAGGAUUUAUAAUGUAAUUGGGACUAUCAGAGGAUCUGUGGAACCUGACAGGUAUGUUAUUCUGGGAGGUCACCGGGACGCCUGGGUAUUUGGAGCUAUUGACCCAACCAGUGGGGUUGCUGUUUUGCAAGAAAUUGUCCGGAGUUUUGGAAAACUGAUGAGUAAAGGCUGGAGACCUAGAAGAACUAUCAUUUUUGCCAGCUGGGAUGCAGAAGAAUUUGGACUUCUGGGUUCCACAGAAUGGGCUGAGGAGAAUGCCAAAAUACUCCAGGAGAGAAGCAUUGCUUAUAUCAACUCAGAUUCAUCCAUAGAAGGCAAUUAUACUCUCAGAGUUGACUGUACACCCCUUCUGUACCAAUUAGUGUAUGAACUGACAAAAGAGAUCCCCAGCCCUGAUGGUGGGUUUGAGAGUAAAUCACUGUAUGAAAGCUGGUUGGAAAAAGACCCUUCACCUGAAAAUAAAAAUUUGCCUAGAAUCAGUAAGCUGGGAUCUGGAAGUGACUUUGAAGCUUAUUUUCAGAGACUUGGAAUUGCUUCAGGCAGAGCUCGUUACACUAAGAAUAAGAAAACAGAUAAGUACAGCAGCUACCCAGUGUACCACACAAUUUAUGAGACAUUUGACUUGGUAGAGAAAUUUUAUGACCCCACAUUUAAAAAGCAACUUUCUGUGGCUCAGUUACGAGGAGCACUGGUAUAUGAGCUUGUGGAUUCUAAAAUCAUUCCUUUCAAUAUUCAAGACUAUGCAGAAGCUUUGAAAAACUAUGCAGUGAGUAUCUAUAAUCUAUCCAAGAAACAUGACCAACAAUUGAGAGACCAUGGAGUAUCGUUUGACUCUUUAUUUUCUGCUGUGAAAAACUUCUCAGAGGCCGCUUCAGACUUUCAUAGACGACUUAUACAAGUUGAUCUUAACAAUCCCAUUGCAGUGAGAAUGAUGAAUGACCAACUGAUGCUCCUGGAAAGAGCAUUCAUUGAUCCCCUUGGUUUACCAGAAAAGCCAUUCUAUAGGCACAUCAUAUUUGCUCCAAGUAGCCACAACAAAUAUGCUGGAGAAUCAUUUCCUGGCAUCUAUGAUGCUAUCUUUGAUAUUGAAAAUAAAGUCGACUCUCGUUUGGCCUGGAAAGAAGUAAAGAAACAUAUUUCUAUUGCAGCUUUUACAAUUCAAGCAGCAGCAGGAACUCUGAAAGAAGUGUUAUAGGAAGCUCUCACGUGGGUAGCCAUUAAAGGUACUGCUCAAAGUCUGAGGAUAAAAUUCACCUUUCUGAUAACUUAUGAAGCCAGGGUGUUCUACAGUCUUGCUGUCAUGUUUUGAUUAUAGGCUUUGACCUUGCUCAUCUGCAAAGCGUUUCUUUCUUCUUAAAAAAAAAUAAUUAUAUUAGCAAAGUGUUAAUCUAAUGAAAUUAAAAAUUCCUCUUUUGGCAGAAUGAGAAAGUAAAAUUCCCUAAAUUAUAGCAAGGAACUUGAAUUCUCAAACAUGGUGAGUGUGGGAAUGUACAAUGGUAAAACCACUUCUGAAAACAGUUUGGCAGUUUCCUAUAAAGUUAAACAUAUACUUUUACUUUGUAACUCCAGAAUUCCACUUCUAGGUAUAUAUUCAAGAGAAGGAAAAACAAUGAUCACAGCAAUACUUGAAUGCAUGUUCACUGCAUCUUAAAAGUGGAAACAACUUAAAUGUCCAAUAACAGAUGAACAGAUAAACUGUGGUAUAUCCACAAUAGACUACUAUUCAGCAAUAAAAAUGAUAUAACUUUCAAUAAAUGCAAUAUUACUGGCAGAUAUUGUUGAAGGAAGAAAGCCAGACACAAAUAACUACAUAGUAUAUGCUUCUAUUUAGAUGAAGUGGCAAACUAAUCUGUGGUGUUAGAAAUUAGAUGAGUGAUUGCCUGGGCAAGUGACAGGUUGGGGAGGAUGGCUGCAGAGAAGUAUGAAAAAACUUUCUCCAAUAGAUGAGAAUUUUCCCUAUCUUGAUCUGAGUGGUAAAUUGUAAACUUAAAAUAUAUACAUGAUUUACUGUAUGAAAAUUAAGUCUCAAUAAAUGUGAUUAAAAAAAAGUCUGGCAAGGAAAUCAGAGUAAUAUACCUUCUCUUGUGAAAUCACCAUUAAGUGUGGUCAGGAAAAAGCCAGUAAUAUUCACAUAUUUAAUAAUUUCAGCUCUACUUAAUAAACACUAAGUCUGACGGGUGAUGAAAAUAGCUACUACAGUUUUCACACUCUAACUCCUAUAAAGAAUAUAUAUCAGAGUCUGCAAACUUUUAUGCAGAUCCCAAUGACUCAAUUACAGGUAAACUAUGAUUAAAACUUCAAUAAACUUGGUUGUUCCUCUGCUACACCAAAACAAGUCAAGAAUUAAAAAUCACAAGAGCCGUCAUAGGAAGGCACAAAAACUAAAAUAGGAAGUGACAGCUCAAAGCUUAACUACAAGGAAACACUACCCGUUACCCUUGCUCCCAGGACAAUACAGUUUGACUUAAAACAGUGGAGCAUUUAGUCUAGGGACAUUUUCUAUACAUCUCACUAUUACUAGAAGGUAUUUCGCUGAUCUCCCACAAUAAAAUAAGUUGCAAGUAUAGCAAUGACUCUGUCAUCAAGGUAACUUUUAAGUAUGUUCCUUUUCUUCUGCUUAAAGAGGCAGUAAGUUGUGUUACUUAUGAAGUAUAAAUAUACGCUAUUAAGACGUUUGUAAAAGUUUUUCUCAAAUCUAGGGAGUCAGCUUCACUACCACGCUACACUACCUUAGUACAAUACUUUAACUUUUGCCGUGAAGCAUUGUGUUGUAGAAAAAAUACGACAUUAAGACACAUGAAUUAUCCUGUCUACUACCCACCUGAGUACAUCACUAUGUAUCUCUGGGCAUCAGUUCCCUCCAACUCUAUGAUUUCUAAAGGAGACAAAGCACAAAGGUUUAGAAAUCUCUUGGAUAUUCGUCCUACUGGUAGUUUUCCUGAAGACAAAACAGCAUAUGUAGUUUGAAAUACAAGUUUGGGGUAAAAUAGUAAUUACUGCAACUUAUUUUUCUUUUAAUUCUUAUUCUGCUUUUAUCAUUUGUAAUCAAUAUCUGAUUGUUAGAAACAGAACAAGUGAUUGUGUGGCAUGCUCUAUCAUCAAUUCAGGACAUUGAAUAUAGGAUAUGUGUUAUCACAUGCUAAACAGGGCAUGUUUGAACUUUUUAAAAAAACUUUUCCCCCUAAGCAUUUGAGAUCAACUGAAUUAAGCUGUUAAUCAUUAUUCCCCUUUUAUUUCAUUCCUUCAUCCAAGUCCUGAGAUACUAUUUCUCUUAAGAAUACUUAGGAAAUAAGGAAAUAUUUUGUUACAGUAUAUUUCCUGUUUUAAAACAUACUUUUAAAAUCAAAUAGGCCAUAAAUUAUUAUAAUGUGAUACUUUUAAUCAUUUAUCAAACCAAAAUAUGGUUAAUUAGAAGUGGUCUAACAUAAAAAUUAGUAAGUAAAAAGCAUGUGAAAUGUAUGUUGUAUAUACUUUACCCAGAAAUUCUAAAAAUCGGUUUUUAUAGAGAAAACUGGACAGAAUGACAAUAUAUGUGAUACAAGGGUGUUUACUACAGCAUUUUUUAAAAUCAUAGUAAAAAAUAAGUCACAAGCUAAAUACCAAUGGGGAAUUGAUUAUAGUAUAAAAAUGAUCAUAAAAUGAUUAUAUACACAUUUUUCAUUUAUAUGAUAAGUUGUCCAUGACUUGCUGGUUUAAAAAAAGAGACAAAGCUAAAUAUAUAAAUAUUAAGGAAAAUAUCAACAGUGCUUGCGUUUUGGUGGUAGAACUUUAUGUGAUCUGUACUCUGUAUUUUUCUGAAUUGCUUAAAUUUUUUACAUGAGUGUAUUUCCUUUUGUAAAGGGUAAAAUGAUAAAAACUACCUUUUGUCUGUUUUCAUUUUGAACAGACAAAAGUACAGAGUAAUGGGAUGCAAUACAGUUCACAAAUAAUCCUAUUUUGUACCCUUGAAAUUUAUGAAUUUAUCCUAUUUUGAGGAUACAAAUAACACUCAUUUAUAUACAUAUACAUGGGAUAUCUUAAGAUUUCCAUGUAGUUCAGAAUUUCAAAAAUAGCAAUCAAUCCUUGAGCUUUCAAGUAUAGAAAUGAGUUUAUGGUAAAAUAACCUUUGAAAUAAUUACAGUACUGUACUGAUUUUUUUUUCUUAUAAUUGCUUUUUGACUUUAUGCACUCAUUUGAUCUUUUUUCUACCUUUUUAAUAACUUUUAUUCAUCUACUUUUUCCAAUCCCCAAUGUGAUUAUUCCAAAUUCAGAAGAACAGUAUCUUUCAAUUAAAUGAUGCAAAUAAUCUCAUUUCCUUUCCCCCUUUGUAUCACAAUUAUACUAAUUAGAGCCAGAAUGAUCUUCCUAAAUGUGAUCAUGCUACAGGCUAUGAAAAAACCCUUCAAUGAGGACCUCCACUACCAGAAAUGAUGUGGUAGUACUGGCAAUCGCUCCCAGGUGCAGUAACUAGGAAAAAAUGGAUCAAAUGCAAAAGUCAUUAGAGAUAUCAAAGUACAGUGGAAGCACUGCAGACUAGAUGUACUAAAAGUCUGAGUCUUUUCUAGCUAUCUGAGAAUACCAACAGUUUUCUUUCCUGGGAGGAUUUGCCAAUUCUAGGCAUGGGCUAAAGAGCAGGCUUGGUGUAGACUAAAGCACUUUACUGGGGAAAAUCAGCAGGACUUAGUUACUGACCACAUGAUCUAUCAUGGUGUGCCAGAAUCUAGAGGAGCCCCAAGCCCAAUGCUGAGUGAGACUAGUGCUUAGAAGCUAGAAAAACAAGGCUUCUGAACAGGCCAAUACCAUCUGUCAAUGCCAGGCUUCUUCAUAUCCUUCCCCUCUCUUGUAUUUGUCUGGCCUACCUCCUACUCCUUUUUUCUCCCUCGAAACUGUAUUUAUCCUUCACAAAAUUCAUCUAUAAAAUCUACCAAAUAUGUGCCACAGACGCUUUCUACAGGCUUAUCUUUGGUAUAAUUUUUAUUUAACAACUUAUUAUCCUUGUUGUACCCUUUCUUGGAAGCAGAGUCUGUUUGAUUAUCUCCAGCACAUAGGAGAUUUUAUUUGUUGAAAAACAAAAUAAUUAAGCAAAGGAAUCACUAUAAUAUUAAAGAUGCUUACAAACUUUUAUCUUAUUAAAAUUAUCAGUCAAAUCUAUAAACUUUAUACCUAUCAGGUCUGAACAAUGCACUGGGAGGAGAAACCAUUAAAAAACUAACGUCAAGUGAACUCAGUAUUUCCUGGCAAAUCACAAAUAUGAAAAGUAGAUCACCCAUGUAUGCUAGAAGAUCUCUUUGGGAGAAGUAUCCUACAAUUUAUAACAUUUUACGAGUGCUUCUUAAACCAUGAAAACCUUCUGAAACUUCAGAACCUUUAGAGAUUGUCUUUCUCCUGUAAUGUGAUGGGAUAUCAUCCCUAACAUGCUAGAACUGAGAACCCAGCUAGCUUUCAUAAUUGAAAUGAGUGAAUUUGUUUGCCUAAUACACUAAUACUUACUUUUAAUGAAUUCUCUCACCCCCACAAAGUGACUUAUGUUCGCUGUCUACGCAUGUGGCCUUCUAAUCAUACACAUACACAAACAUCGGAGAUGCAAAAAUUGUUCAGAGUCCAGAUGAUAAUAAGGCUAAGGUUUUAUUUUUAUGCACAAGCAUUUAGAACAAACUGCCUGCAAGGGAAAAAUUUACCGCCAUGGGCCUUUUACUUUGACUCAAUCUUGCAGGUGCAAAAUCCAUCCCUAAUUUUUGUAAACUACCCAUUAGCUCUUUAGAGUUUCUUAGUAAGAAAAUCAAUGGCUCAACUCUUGUGAAAACUGAAAGCACAUUAUCUUCUCAUGGCAAUUUAGUCAUUUAAUACUAGGAAAGAAAGGAAUAAGCACUAAUAAGCAAAUGGCCAUUUAGAUUCUGGGUUUUAUAUGUUGACUUAGAUGUCUUCAGUGUCAUGGUUAAGAGUUUAAGAACUUUGGAGUCAGUUUCUAAUUUUAAAAUUAAAUUUCACCAUUUGCUAUCUGUGUGACCCGAGGCAAGCUACACACCUUUCCUUUGCCUCCAUUUCUCAUCUGUAAAAUACAGGUGGAACUAUACUGUAAAUAAUCAUGGUGAUGUUCUGAAUAGAAAAGCUAUCUUAACAUCUUAGUGUCUGCCACAUUCUAAUUAUGCAAAUAAAAAGAGAGCGAGCUAUCAUUACA